CAGACACAGAGGCCUGUCCCAUGGAUGCCUUAUGAGCCAGGCAGAGGUUGGUUCUAGAAGUUCAUGGACUGCAGACCUCUCCAUGCCCCACUGAAAACCUGCUGAAGCAGAUACCAAAAACCUCACAGGUCAGCCUCUGUUGCGCUCAGAACUCCACUGUUGGGACAGGCUGAGGGACUCUCGCACCCCACAGGAACUGGCAUUAAGGGACACUGUAAGACCUGCCUCUGAAGGAUUCUUGUGAGCUUUAAGAUCCCAACUCAGCAGGGUCUGAAUGCUGAGGAAAUAAUCAGAUGAUCAAUGAAGGCAACUAAGUUUGGAAUAAGGGCCAUAGAGGUUGCUGGCUGUGCUCUCUGUCUCCUAAAAAAACCACAGAGCCCCCAGGUGUCCCAGUGCAUAUUGCAACAUACUGUCAUCAAGAGCGAGGACUUCCAUUUGAAACAAAGGAGGCAGUGAGAAGUAAAAAGGAGGACAGGGAGGUGAACAAGAAGAAAGAACACAUGAGGAGGAUCCAACAGAAAAAUUCAGGUGGGUGGCGCCUGAUACAUUCUUUCACCUGGUACUACCAUGGAGCUGGGAGAAGCCUUGACUGUCUUUCUGGAACUCUGUUUGUCUUGCCUGAUCAUCCUCUUUGCCUGGAAACGAAUCAACAAGGGGGGAAAGCUGCCCCCAGGUCCCACACCAAUACCUUUCCUGGGGAACCUGCUACAAGUUCGCUGUGAUGCCACAUUUCAGUCUUUCAUGAAGCUCAGGGAAAAAUAUGGCCCCGUUUUCACUGUGUACAUGGGAACCCGGCCAGUAGUUGUGUUAUGUGGACAUAAAGCAGUGAAGGAAGCUCUGGUAGACCAAGGAGAAGAGUUCAGUGGCCAUAGAACUCUGGCUUCACUAGAGCGAAACUUCCAAGGUCAUGGUGUAGCUAUGGCCAAUGGAGAUAGAUGGAAGAUUCUCAGACGCUUCUCUCUGACCAUCCUUCGAGACUUUGGGAUGGGUAAGCGGAGCAUUGAGGAGAGGAUCCAGGAAGAGGCCGGCUACCUACUGGAGGAAUUGCGGAAGACCAAGGGUGUCCCCAUUGAACUCACCUUCUUCCUGAGCCGCAGUGUCUCCAACGUCAUCAGUUCUGUGAUCUUUGGAAGUCGCUUCGACUAUGAGGAUAAACAGUUCCUGCACCUGCUGCAGAUGAUCAACAAGAGUUUCUUUGAGCUGAGCACGCCCUGGGCACAGCUAUGCAACAUGUAUCCUGGAAUCAUGCAAUAUUUGCCAGGAAGACAUAAUCGCAUCUAUUACUUCAUAGAGGAGCUCAAGGAUUUCAUUGCUUCUAAGGUCAAGAUCAACGAAGCAUCCCUUGACCCCCAAAACCCACGGGACUUCAUUGACUGUUUCCUCAUCAAGAUGCAACAGGAUCAAAACAAUCCCCACACAGAAUUCAACCACAAGAACUUGGUCCUCACCACUCUGAACCUCUUCUUUGCUGGCACAGAGACUGUGAGCUCCACCCUGCGCUAUGGAUUCUUGCUUCUGAUGAAGCAUCCUGAGGUGGAAGCCAAGAUCCAUGAAGAGAUUGACCAGGUAAUCGGACCACAGCGGAUCCCAAGUGUCAAUGACCGGGUCAAGAUGCCCUACACAGACGCCGUGAUCCAUGAGAUACAGAGGCUGUUAGACAUUGCACCCAUGAGUGUCCCCCACAGAGUCAUCCAGGACACCCAUUUCCGAGGCUACUUUCUGCCCAAGGGCACAGACGUAUUUCCUCUGCUUGGCUCAGUCCUCAAAGACCCCAAAUACUUCCGUUACCCAGACGCCUUCUAUCCCCAACACUUCCUGGACGAGCAGGGCUGCUUCAAGAAGAGUGAAGCCUUUGUGGCCUUUUCCUCUGGAAAGCGCACAUGUCUGGGCGAGGCCUUGGCACGCAUGGAACUCUUCCUUUACUUCACCUCCGUCCUACAGAACUUCUCUCUACGCCCCCUAGUGCCGCCUGCUGAUAUUGACAUCACUAGCAAGAACUCUGGCUUUGUCAACGUCCCCCCAACCUAUGAGCUGUGCCUCGUGGCUCGCGAGCGCCCUCUACUGGGCGAGAAAUGAACAGCAAAGAACAGAGCUUCGCUCUCACGACGUGAACCCAUCCUCUUCAUCUUGCUCCUUCCCACAACAUCCCUACAAGACGGCACCAUUUUUCCUGUCAUGGCUUCACAAUCAGCUAGAGUCAUCUGAAACUAUACAGUAGUAUAUCCUCUACAUGCAGAAGAAAAGCAAUGCCCUGUCCAAGAUUUCCACUUAAGCCAGCAACUUUGAUGCUGACUUCAUCACGUCUGCCUAAGUUUCCAUCUGCAUCAAAUUUUUCUUGUAGAUUCUAUGUCUUUACAAUUGUCCCUUUUUGUGUGCGCCCUGGUAAUGAUCAAAACGUGAUCUACAGUCCUUUCUCAUCUUGAUUCUCAUCUUCACCCACUAGCUACCCAAAAGUCAAUAAAGAAUUUAAGACUGUUGUGUGCA